AUGGCAUCAACCCGUUCCCUCACCUCUUCCCGUCCACCAACAACCACCCCCCAACCACCUCCUCCACCCCCAGCACCUGCAAUUGGGCAACUAAAGACACCACAAGAUCAAGCCGUCCAGGCGGUCUCUUCCGCACUCGGAGAGCUAGGGAGCAGGUUGGGAGCUCUAUCAGGGUUUGGGAGACAGGAACCGGCUGGUGCGCCGGGGCAGGAGAAGAAGCCCGAGGAAGGAGAGAAAGAGAAGGGAGAACAGGAUUAUAACCCCUACACUGGGGCACCUCUUCGCAAGCUUGUGCCCCUCCAGUCUCCGGUGACUUCCCCCUCCUCCUCGGGGUUAGCGUCUCCCUCUAGCGAACCGGGAAAGAACGCGGAGCCAUCGUUGUCCCAGCAGUUGUGGGCUCACCUUGCGCUUGUGAGGAAGCUCCAAGCCGAGCUCGCACAGCAGCAUAUCGAGAUGGAGAACGUUACUGGGAGAUGGAGUGGGGAGGGUCUGGGUCUGGGAGAGAAAGGAGAGAAGGUCGAUAAGGUGGUGGAUUUGGGUGCUAGGGGUGCGGCGAAGAAUAUGGGCGAUGAGAAGGAAAAGGAGAAGGAGAGGGAGAAAGAAAAGGAGAAGGAGAGAGAGAGAGAGAGAGAGGAGAGGGGAAAACAGAGGCAAGAGGCAGUGAAGGCCAUUAUGAGCAAGCUGGACGAGCUUUCAAGGGCUGUAACGGCCUAUCACGGGACAGUGACCCCAUCGCUCGACCUCACGCCUCUCAACGCAGGUCGGCAACGUUCCCAAACGCUUUCCCACGCAAUCACACACGCUGACGGUGCAUUAUCCGACACCGCGCUGUCAGAAAUUGGGAGUAGCCCACCCCGAAGAGCAGGGGAUGAUAACAUGCUCGGGUUUAGGGGUAUGACGAUGACCCGGAGAGAAGGGACGAACGGGAGGAUGGUGAGUGACGAGUUUGGGGAGAGUCCUGCUGUUGGAUAUGGGUUCGAUUCUGCAUAG